CUACACUCCAAAAACCCAAUCAGACAAGUGGCCGUAAUCUGACUCCUAGCACACUGGGAGCUGCGGGGCAGGCAAUGAGAGCUGCACUCUGGCCAAGGAAGGCAUGAGUGACAGACCCGCAGCAAGGCGGUGGGGUAAGUGUGGACCUUUGUGUAGAAGAGAGAACAUCAUGGUGGCUUUCAAAGGGGUGUGGACUCAAGCUUUCUGGAAAGCAGUCACAGCAGAAUUUCUGGCCAUGCUUAUUUUUGUCCUGCUCAGCCUGGGAUCCACCAUCAACUGGGGCGGAGCCGAAAAGCCCUUACCUGUGGACAUGGUUCUCAUCUCCCUUUGCUUUGGACUCAGCAUUGCCACCAUGGUGCAGUGCUUUGGCCACAUCAGCGGUGGCCACAUCAACCCUGCUGUGACUGUGGCCAUGGUGUGCACCAGGAAGAUCACUAUCGCCAAGUCUGUCUUCUACAUUGCAGCCCAGUGCCUGGGGGCCAUCAUUGGAGCGGGGAUUCUCUACCUGGUCACACCUCCCAGUGUGGUAGGAGGCCUGGGAGUCACCACGGUUCAUGGAAAUCUUACUGCUGGUCACGGUCUCCUGGUGGAGUUGAUAAUCACAUUUCAGCUGGUGUUUACUAUUUUUGCCAGCUGUGAUUCCAAACGGACUGAUGUCACUGGUUCAAUAGCUCUAGCAAUUGGAUUUUCUGUUGCAAUUGGACAUUUAUUUGCAAUCAAUUACACUGGUGCCAGCAUGAAUCCAGCCCGAUCCUUUGGACCUGCGGUUAUCAUGGGAAAUUGGGAAAACCACUGGAUAUAUUGGGUCGGACCAAUAAUAGGAGCUGUCCUCGCUGGUGGCCUUUAUGAAUAUGUCUUCUGUCCGGAUGUUGAACUCAAACGUCGUUUUAAGGAAGCCUUCAGCAAAGCUGCCCAGCAAACGAAAGGAAGCUAUAUGGAGGUGGAGGACAACAGGAGUCAGGUGGAAACUGAGGACUUGAUCCUGAAGCCUGGAGUGGUGCAUGUGAUUGACAUUGACCGGGGAGAGGAGAAGAAAGGGAAAGACCCAUCUGGAGAGGUAUUGUCUUCGGUAUGACUAGAAGAUAGCACUGAAGGCAGAAGAGACCCCUUAGAACGGUCCUCAGAUUUCCUUCCACCCAUUAAGGAGACAGAUUUGUUAUAAAUUAGACAUGUGCAGAUUUGUCAUUUCAUGUCAUAUUACUCAGUCUAAAUCAUAAAUAUUUCAUUAUUUACCAAGGAGGAAAGGAAGAAACCUAUUGUAAAUUUCACAAAAAGAAGUCUUUUGAACUCUAUAUCUAGUUUACCUUUUAUGGACUGUGUAUCUAGUUAUCUUUCAUUAAUAAUCAAUUUAAAAUGUAUGUCAAGAUUGGGCUAAGUCUUACCUUACAAAAUAUAUAGACACAUCCAUCAAAUUAUUCCUCCUCUACCAGAAACUUGGUAUUGUCAAUUCUCAGUGAAUAUUUUAUUUCAUGAAAUUGAGCUGAAUAAUGACGAAAUGCAGAAUGUCACAGGGUUAUGCACACUUGAGAUAAAUUUCAUCAAGUUCUUUUAUGGGCAAUCCCUUAUUUAUAAACUACCUCUGCAAAAGAAUAUUAUCAAGAAUCAUCGUUAAUUGUUUCCAUUUAGAUUGCAAAUACCAACUUUCAAACCCAAUUCCAAAUCAUUACAAUCCUUCCUCUUCCUCACCAUCCAAGAUAAUGUGGAACUAAAGUCCAGAAAUUGGAAAAGAAAAUUCUGAAAUCCUACGUAUUUAUUAGUUUCACCUAAUAAAAACAUCCCAACCGUAAGAGACACCUAUUUGGAUUCAGGACAAGCAGAUUCAUGAACUCUUAAUGGGGGUGGGGAAAAGUUGCCAUCAUGCAAAAAUCACAAGGCAAAAGGAAAUCUGGUAUCAAAUGGUCGCUCUGUUUUCAGUGCACGUCCUCAAAUGCACCACACAAGUUUAACAAACUAAACUUUAAAACGCUGAACCACUUUGCUUAUUGUUUUUAGUUUAUUGGUAAAAAUGGGGAUUUUGCUUGUAACUUCGGUUAUCUAUAUGUAAACAUUAGCCAAGACAGAGUUUUUACAACAAGAACUUAACUAGUUGAAGCCUGCUAUUUUACUGGUUAUGAGUCCUGCUCAUUCUAGAAGGUGUAAAUUGGUUCUGCCCAGAUCCAACUCUGUUGUUCUCUCACUUCUUGUGACAUUUGUUGAUGAUUUUUACUGCAAGUGUAAUGAUAUUUGAGUGAAUUAAAAUGUAUGACAGACAAGGCAAGGCAUGGUGGCCGAACAGGAAAGUGAGGACAUUUAAACACUCAGUUUUCAAAGCUAUUUGACAAACCUUUCAUUUGUUGAGAUUUUGUAAGAUGUCUUUAAAGUAUUUUUGUUACUGACCAGUUUACUUGUUAAAAUAAUUUGUUUUUCCUGCACUGCUUUGCCUUUGUCCAUAGAAUGUUCUCUGAAAACCCCAGUUCCUAUCAUAUUAACCAUCUAGUCUAGACUCUAUCUUAGGCAAAGAGCUACAAAUGUCAAUUUCGCUGAACAAAAGCUAGUAGUAGAAAAGCAAAGACCCAUCACUACGAGGAGUGGCUUGUAAAUAGCUCCUAAUCAAGGGCUUUCUUCUCCCAAGCACAGUUCCAACCUUGUGUCUCCUUUUAGUGUUGAUGGCAGUUGUGUGUCUGUGGCUGUGAGAUAAUGGACCACUAUUAAACCUGAUUCUCUUUGGUGCUAAGAAAGAAUGACGUGUGAACUUCCCCCAGCAUCCCCAAGCCAGUGUGAUGCCUGCAUGUGCCCCUGGCAUGUUUGACUUGUAUUUUACAGCAGUUGCCCACAGCACAGGUCCCUGCCUCAGGGGUUCAUAUGAGUGCCACCCUGUCCCACGCCACACAGUACGCCAGAGACAGCAUGGCACCCAUAUAAACCAGGGUGCAAAUCUGCUUAGGGUGGCUUAUGUCCAUUAUUUCAAACGUUUGCACAAUUUGCCACUAAAGGCUUAAGAUCAGGGUGGUUCAGUUCAGAAGGCAAUAUCAACCAUCAGCAAACAUGUCAGUUCCAAAAUAAAUUUAGUUAACAAGGAACAAACAGAUUUCUGAAUAUGCUUACAAAAUGCUUACUUAUUAUCAUUUUUAUUCUGCCAUAUGCUUUUUACUACACGUACACUUAUUUUUACACUCACUUGCAAUUAUAGCGUUCAAUAAGUUGGGGUUUCAAAAAAAGAGUGAAUGAUGUUUUUGUAUUUGUUCUCUAGCAGCUAGCAGAGCACAUAGAAGGUACUUAAAACAAGUGUGUUAGUAUAAAAGGGUAUAAAUUUCAUAUGGGGUUUAAGAAUGUGAAUAAUUUCCUUUUCAUCUUCAUUUUGCUCAAUAUUUUAAAAAAGCAUGAUUUCCUGUAUUAUUGAAGUAAGGCAAUAUAAACACGGAAACUAUAAAAUAUAUUUUUGCCUUCUACUACAUUUAGGGUAUGAAGUGAAUGAAAGCUUUAGCGCUCUUUUUUCCCUGCAUGUGAGACAACAUAUUUUGUAUUUCACUCAAGGCUCUGCCAGUAAAAAGUAAUGAAAUUGUACCUUUCUAAUGACAUCUAUGCAGCAGGGGUCUUCUGCCUUGUGGAUGGCACCAAAUUAUCCAAGUGUAUUAGCAGACUAGAGCUUUUUCCUUUAAUCCCUUCUUAUUAAUGAAGUGCAUAGUGCUGUUCCCAAGAGACUGCUGCUGACAGAUACACAGAGAAGAGAUCAGAGAGGAAAAACCAGGAAGACAUAAAUGAAUUAUACCCAGACAUGGGACAAUGCCAACUGCCUCUUCCCUGAGGAAGCGCAUACAAACACCCCCAAGUUAGAAGGGGGUCUCUAUACUGAAAAUGCAGAGUUGGUCAAAACGGUAUGAAACAGGUCUGGCUUUGUUGUUGUUGUUGUUGUUUUAAGUGUUUGAGUCUUUCUUUAAAACUUAGAGCCCCAAUUGUGAAUGUAUGUUUCUGCCAUUGAAGUUGACGUUUUCUUCCCAAAGUCCUAAGCUUUUACACUUGGAAGAAAGUAUUUUCAGGAAUCUAAAUAGUUGUUCCUGUCAUUUGACACUUUCCAUAAGUUCUCCUGAGCAUUUUCCCGCUAGAGCUCAGAGGCACGAGUUAGAGCUGCAGCCCAGUGUUAAGAUUUUACAAGAUUAGAAAUAUUUGGAAAAUAUAUAAGAUGAAAAUGAGCUGUCUGUUUUAUUGGAGGUCUGAUUCCAAAAAGCAUAGAAUAUUCUUCUAGACCGUGAACCUAGGCAACACGUGUAUUGGUUUAAACUUGACACCCAUAGGGAAAUUCCAAACUGGAACAGCAAAUUCAAAUGCUAAAAUUCAUCCUGGCAAGGCCCUUUUCGGCAGCAUGUUGACACCAUCCCCACAGAUGAACACGAGACAGAGAAAUUGCCUUUGUGACAACUGAAGAUGACAGUCUGAGCUGAGCAGACAACCUUAUCAAAAGAUGCAAAAGCCAAUAAAAAUUCUUAGCAUAUGCACUGUACAAUAUGUGAAUUCAGAACAUUUUAUACCUGAAGGUAAUUGGGUCUUCCCCAAUAUGUUUAUGGCAUGAAAAUUAUGUGGAAAAUGUGGCUCUGCUCUGGAAAGUGUAAUGUAACAAGAAUCACUUUCUUUACCUCAAAUUUUGUGAGUUUGCAUUUGUGUUUUAAUACUUUUCAAAUCACUCUGAAACAGCAUUAACUUUUGAAACCCAUGAUUCUGUGAAAUAAAUGGAAGACAUUUAAUUCAAGAAUUAAAAUCUGUGGCUACUCACUUUCCCAAAUGACUAUCAAUAGCAUGUGAAAAUAAUAACAGGUAAAUGUUAUACUGCAUGUGUAGUGAACAUUUAAUUGAAAAGCAGUUACAGUGUUACCUGUUUAUGUUGAGAAUCAAAGCGCUAAAAGCUACACCUAAUUUAUAUAACCAUUAGAAUGUAUCUCUAGAUUAUUUUCAGGAUUAAUUAAAUAAACAUGCAAUUUAUGAAUAUAUAUACAUAAUUAUUUAUCACUUUUAUGACCCAAAUCAUAAUAAAAUUGUAAUUCAUGAUAAACUAAGGAGAAUAGACUGAACAUAUGGUUAUAUUCACAGUUAUUUAUUAACUGAAAUGUUAUUCCAACAUUAGAGCUAAUGUUAAAAAGAUUUCAACUGUAAUGUCUAAUAUUUGGAAUAAACUAUUAAAAUGUUAGCAUUGUGGUUGACUUCCACAAAUCAUGUUGCAUCUUAUAGUAUUCAGCUUGUGCAAAUAAACUUUCAAAUGUUUCAAA